GCCGCCGCCGCCGCCUCCCGCCGCCGCCGCCGUCUCCCCCGCGCUGCCGCCGCGCCUGCAAGAUGACCGGGCAGUGGCGGAGAGGCUGCCGCAGCCCGCUGGUACCAGACCACCUUCCCUGGUUUUUGAUGCUGAAUCAGGAUCGUUUUAACUAAAGAUGGAAACACUGGAGUCAGAAUUGACCUGCCCAAUCUGCCUGGAGUUAUUCGAAGACCCUCUCUUGCUGCCGUGCGCCCACAGCCUCUGCUUCAGCUGCGCCCAUCGCGUCCUGGUGUCCAGCUGCUCCUCCAGCGAGUCCAUCGAGCCCAUCACCGCCUUCCAGUGCCCCACGUGCCGCUAUGUCAUCUCCCUCAACCACCGAGGCCUGGAGGGCCUCAAGAGGAAUGUGACCCUGCAAAACAUCAUCGACCGCUUCCAGAAGGCGUCCCUGAGCGGCCCCAACUCCCCCAGCGAGAGCCGCCGCGAGAGGACGUACCGCAACAGCCCUACCAUGUCCGUGGCCGGCGAGAGGAUCGCCUGCCAGUUCUGCGAGCAGGAUCCCCCGCGGGACGCGGUGAAGACGUGCAUCACCUGCGAGGUGUCCUACUGCGACCGCUGCCUGCGGGCCACCCACCCCAACAAGAAGCCCUUCACCAGCCACCGUCUGGUGGAGCCCGUGCCCGACGCUCACUUCCGAGGACUCACGUGCUUGGAGCACGAGAACGAGAAGGUGAACAUGUACUGUGUUGCUGACGACCAGCUCAUCUGUGCCUUAUGUAAACUGGUGGGCCGCCACCGGGACCACCAAGUGGCAUCGCUCAGCGAUCGCUUUGAGAAGCUGAAGCAAACCCUGGAGACGAAUCUCACCAACCUGGUUAAACGCAACAGCGAACUGGAAAACCAGAUGGCCAAGCUGAUACAGAUCUGCCAGCAAGUGGAGGUGAACACGGCCAUGCAUGAGGCCAAGCUGAUGGAGGAGUGUGAUGAGCUCAUGGAGAUCAUCCGCCAGCGCAAGCAGGUCAUCGCUGUCAAGAUCAAGGAGACGAAGGUGAUGAAGCUGCGGAAGCUGGCCCAGCAGGUCGCUAACUGCCGGCAGUGUCUCGAGCGCUCGACGGUCCUCAUCAACCAGGCAGAGCACAUCCUGAAGGAGAACGACCACGCGCGGUUCCUGCAGACAGCCAGGAACGUGGCCGAGAGGGUCGCCAUGGCAACUGCAUCCUCUCAAGUCCUGAUACCAGAUAUCAAUUUUAAUGACGCCUUUGAAAACUUUGCUUUAGAUUUUUCCAGAGAGAAGAAGCUGCUGGAAGGGCUGGAUUAUCUCACCGCGCCCAACCCACCAUCUGUCCGAGAGGAGCUUUGCACGGCCUCCCACGACACCAUCACCGUCCACUGGAUCUCGGAGGACGAGUUCAGCGUCAGCUCCUAUGAGCUACAGUACACCAUCUUCACCGGCCAAGCCAACUUCAUCAGUCUCUACAACUCCAUGGACAGCUGGAUGAUCGUCCCCAACAUCAAGCAGAACCACUACACGGUGCACGGGCUCCAGAGCGGCACCCGCUACAUCUUCCUCGUGAAGGCCAUAAACCAGGCGGGCAGCCGGAACAGCGAGCCCGCCCGGCUCAAGACAAACAGUCAGCCUUUUAAGCUAGACCCCAAGAUGGCUCACAAGAAGUUGAAGAUCUCCAAUGACGGGCUGCAGAUGGAGAAGGACGAGAGCUCCUUGAAGAAGAGCCACACGCCCGAGAGGUUCAGUGGGACAGGAUGCUACGGCGCGGCAGGCAACGUCUUCAUUGACAGCGGCUGCCACUACUGGGAGGUGGUGGUGGGAUCCUCGACCUGGUACGCCAUCGGCGUGGCUUACAAGUCAGCCCCCAAGAACGAGUGGAUCGGGAAGAACUCCUCGUCUUGGGUCUUCUCCCGCUGCAACAACAACUUCGUGGUGAGGCACAACAACAAGGAGAUGCUGGUGGAGGUCCACCCGCAGAUGAAGCGCCUCGGCGUCCUCCUGGAUUACGACAACAAUGCGCUCUCCUUCUACGACCCAGCCAACUCCCUCCACCUCCACACCUUCGAAGUCUCCUUCAUCCUACCGGUGUGUCCGACCUUCACCAUCUGGAACAAAUCCUUGAUGAUCCUCUCGGGUCUGCCCGCCCCGGACUUCAUCGAUUACCCAGAGCAGCAGGAGUGUAACUGCAGGCCCCAGGAGUCCCCGUACGUAUCAGGGAUGAAAGCCUGUCACUAGGCUGCCCUAGCCCUGCGCGUGCCCCGCGGUGGCACCGGCAAUGCUGGCGGGUGCCAGCGGUCGGAGUCGGCCGACGGGAGCCUGCUGGCAGCCGUGCCGGAGAGCCGCCGCGCAGCCGUAACGCUCCAGCAAGCGAGCGCCUUCCCACCCACACGCAGCUCAAUUUUAUUUUUUUUUAAGGGGAAAGAGGAAGAACCUCUAACCGCGGCUGAAAAUAAACUCCUGUUGGCGAGCUCCGCUUGUGUGCGAGUGCGGCUUGUGCAACUCCUUGGUGGUGUGCUCCGAUCUCUCCCGAAGCGGAUUGUCACCUGGAUGGUUCUGUCUUCCCUUGGGGGCUGGAAAGGCCGGGGCAGGUUUUUCGGGGUGACCUUGUGAGGGGCUGCUGUGGUCAGGGGGUCGUCUCGCACGUCCCCGCAAGGUGCAGGUUGGAGCAGGAGGGCUUGGCUUUCUGGUGCCCGCUGGGGGCUUGUCUCGAGAGCCAGGUGGGACCUGAGCAUCGUCUUCUGGAAAGGACUUUCUGUUUGGCUGAAGUUUGGCAGCUUCUCUGGUGUGGUAGAUAAUUGCAUGGACCCCUCGUGCUCGGCGAGCGCCGGCGUAGGUGAUGUGGUGGGUGGUGGUGGCGGUGUGGUGGAUGGUCUGCGAGAGCGAAGGCGGUGCUGAGGACGGUCCUGCUGCCUCUCCCGGCCACGUGCGUGCUGCUGCUGGCCGUGUUCCCUGUGCUUGCCUGGGUUUGCAGUCCCACGGUGGAGGGCAGCCAGCCGCAGACCCCCGCCCCACCACGUCUGCUCCUUCGGGAGCUCACCGGGAGUCAGGGAGGACCCCCCCUUAAGGAGUAAGCCGAGGUGCAUCUCGCCCCCGGCACAGAGGUUUGGCAGAUGCUCCUUCCCCACGCGGGGUCCGGCUGGUUGUGCCCCGCCGCGUGCGGCUGCGUGUACACCUCCGUUGGUUUCGUGUUGGGUGUCCCUGCAGAAAAAACACAUCUCCCCGUGCUGAGCAGAGGGUCAAGUCCUGCCCAAAGACCGUCUCUGUGCUUUAUGACCCAAUAUCUCGCUUUAUGACCCCAAAUCUUGGCUCUUGGCUUGUUCUCCACCACGGUGGUGUGAGUGCGGAGCUGUCCUGUUUGCUCUGUGGUAAAGGAUCGAAUCCAUCCUAGGGGCUCCGGCCCCUGGUUACUGGGAGCGCUUCGGCUGCCACCAGUGCUCCCAGUAACCACGAGCACCAAGUCCCCUGGCCAAGCCUCAGUUUCCAUGUUUGCUUAAAAGCCCGGAGGAGCUGGGCUGGGCACACCGGUCCCCGUGUCGCAGGGAGCAAAGACCCAGCGUGGGCACCUGCAGCCAGGGUCCGCGGCACGACUCGGGGCAGGUGGGCGUGCCGAUGUCCACGUCGCACCGUCGGCAGGCGACACGGCGUGGCGGGGAUGCCGGGGGCAGCACGGUGGCCCACGAUGGGCCGGUGCUUGAGCUUUGGUCCGUGAUGUUUGAAAACUCUUUUUACUCCUCUGGACGUGGUGCUGUCAGAGGCCUCGGUGGCGUUGCGUGGGGACUGUCAGGCUGAGACCUCCUGAGAGCUCUGCCAGCCUUUGCUUUUCGGUUUUUGGACCUUGCUGAUAGGGAACUACCUCAAAGCCCAGCCUCAGGGGGGGUAGGUGGCCGGUUGGGACAGGGCGACAGCGGCUCGUCCCACACGGGCUGCAGGAGUGGCUGGUUGACAUUGGCCAGUUGGCCCUGUCCAAAAGCGAGUGCUCCCUGCCAGCGACCCGGCCCGGGGGACGCUCAUCAUUAAGUCUGGCGGUGGCAGCUGCCGGGCGAUAGCUUUGUCCAGGGAGAGCGGGUAUAAAGAGCCCGUUUCCCAGCACAGCAUCCCUCCGCUUCACCUGGGUGACAUUUCUGGUGACUGGCUGCCUGACGCUGUGGGAAGGGAGGCUGGUGUCACCCGCGGGGAAGGGAUCUGCCACCCGCACUGCCAAGCGGACGCCGGUUUUGCCUCCGGUCCAGGCUGCCUUCCCGUGGUGCUUGGCAGGGGCUCAUGGCGGGUGGUGCAUCCCUCCCGAGCGGACAGGGUGGGUUUAUUUGCUGCUUCUGCCCCCAGCGCACGCGAGCGCCGGGUUGGGGACGCGGCAGGGUCGCGUCCGCCGUUCCCUGCAGCUCAGCGCACAAACACAAUGCAUUUUAGGAGGCUCAGUUGCCAUUUUCAGUUGGAUGUUUUUUCAAAGCCGCGUGGGGCUGUCAUUAAAGUCUUUUCCCCGUGUGCCGGUCCCACCUGGGGCUGCUCAGAGUGUCACCCUCAAACAGACGCCCAAGCACCGGAGCUGGAUUUUAGCGUUUGCGACCCAGGUGCCAAGCCUCCCGCCGGCCCCCGCCCCGCUUGGACCGGCCCAGCUGCGGGAGGACUCGGCGCAUCCCCGACUCAGAGCACACGAGCCAUGAAUGUGACAUUUGCACCGAUGAAAUUGCACUAAUCGUGGCGGGAUCCCCCUGCCCCCCGCUCGCGUCUCGUCCCCCGGCCAGGCAGGAGGACGAAGCGGGGGGGUUCGCGUGCCCAGGGGAGCCCCGCACCCCGGCAAGGCGCUCCUGGGGCUGGGAGCCCUUUUCGGGGCACCCACGUUUCCCUCCCCCGGUUUUGGAGCAGCCAGACCCACCGAGUGCUGCCCGGGAGGGGACCCGGGGGGGGGACACGGGACGGGACCCCCGACCCUCGCUGCCGCUUGGCGCCUUUGCCCCCAGCCCCUGAGCGAGCGAUCCCAUUGGUUAAAACCGCCCGGGAGAUGAUGACGCGGCACUGGUUUCAGCCAAUCCGAGCCCCGCCAGGCUCUGCACCCUGGGUUAUGAAUGAACGCUUUUCCCACGGCCCCCGCGGGGGCAGGACGCGGGUGGGGGGGGCCGGGGCUGGGUGCUGCUGCUGGCUCCUCUGCUCCCGGUGACUCCGUUGGAUAGACUUGGGAUGUGGUGAACUCCCGGUUACCGUGCGACCCGCCAGACUCUCCUCUUCCACAUGUAACAUACUGGUUCCGUUCUGGUUUGGGGGAGGGUUGUUCUUCCUGUUAUGUUUUUUCCCUUUUCUGUUGGGUUUUUUUUGCAACUUCU